AUGAUCGAUGGCAAUGUUGGAGGUGGUGGUGGUAGCGAAACCGAUAUUAUCGGUAGUGCAUCGGAAAUUCUUAAAGAUCGUCUUUAUUUUGCCACAUUACGUAUCAGACCUAAAUCAACCAUAAAUACACAUUUUUUUUCUGUUGACGAUGAAUUUCUUUAUGAGAAUUUUUAUGCUGAUUUUGGUCCAUUAAAUUUGGCUGUUGUUCAUCGAUAUUGUACAAAAUUAAAUAAAAAAUUAAAUAAUUCCACAUUAGGACAUAAAAGAAUUAUUCAUUAUACAACAUUUGAUCCAAAAAAACGAGCGAAUGCUGCAUUUCUUCUUGCAGCUUAUUCAGUUAUUUAUUUAAAACGUACACCAGAAGAAGCUUAUAAACCAUUAGUGAGUGGUAUUAAUGCGGUUCAUCCAUUUUUACCUUUUCGAGAUGCAUCACUGGGAUCAUCAUCAUAUAAUCUCACUUUACUCGAUACAUUACAAGGACUUUACAAGGCAAUGCUUCACGGUUUUUUUGAUUUUGAAAAUUUCGAUUUGGAAGAAUAUGAACAUUAUGAAAAAGUUGAAAAUGGAGACUUAAACUGGAUUGUACCUCGUAAAUUACUUGCUUUUUCUGGGCCACAUGCCAAGAGUAAAAUAGAGAAUGGUUAUCCAUUACAUGCACCUGAAGCAUACUUUACUUAUUUUCGUAAACGUAAUGUAACUACAAUUGUACGUUUAAAUAAAAAAAUCUAUGAUUCGAAACGAUUUACUGAUGCUGGUUUUGAUCAUCAUGAAUUAUUUUUUAAUGACGGAAGUACACCGAGUGAAACGAUUACCUUGAAAUUUUUAAGUAUUGUUGAGCAAGCUAAAGGUUCUGUUGCCGUCCAUUGUAAAGCUGGUCUUGGUCGAACGGGUACACUAAUUGGAGCUUAUUUAAUGAAACAUUAUAAAUUUACAGCUGCUGAAGUUAUUGCUUGGUUAAGAAUAUGUCGACCAGGAUCCGUUAUUGGACCACAACAAAAUUAUCUUGAAGAAAAACAAGCUUGGCUUUGGUCAUUAGGUGAUAUGUAUCGAGUAAAAGAUCGUCCACGAUAUAUGUCAUCGUUUGGUAUAAAUUCUGCGAUGGAUACAAUUGGUCAUAAUCCAUUACGUUAUUCAAUAGGAGGAGAUAAUAAUAAUAAUGAGGAAGAGAAUGACGGUGAAAUAACACAAGGUGAUCGAUUGAAUGAAAUUAAAGCACGGCGUAUGCAACAGCACCAUUCGACAGGACCAUCAAAUUGGAUUUCACCAAAUGCCAAUGUAACUUCAAGUUUAACUCUCUUCACAAGACCUUUAUCGACAGUACCGGUUAGUGAUAAUGAACAUAUGACACCACCACUUCGAUUAUACAAUACUCGUGUGAACUCAGCUCCAAUCAAUAUUCAUGAAACACAUCGAUCUACGAUAUUUGCUACACUUGAUUCACAAAGAUUUGAUCAAUCUGCUGCAUACAAACGUGCUCAUACAGCAUUGACAUCAACGGGUAGUGUGCCACUUCAUAAUGUUGUUUCAUCAUCUAUGAAUCCAUCGACUGGUAUACGUCGUUCUUAUGUACCUGUAACCAAUACACCUUCUAAUGUUUUAUUAAAUUCCAGUACACGGAAACCUCGUUCUUAUAUAACUCCAACAACAUCAAUAGUGAAAGCUCCGAUGUAUUCCAGUGGACGUUAUAUGUCUUCAACAUUAAAUGAUAAUAUCGGAACAACAUUAACUAUAUCUGAUAGUGAUAAUCGUGAUCCAGUAUCAUCAGCUAUAUUAAAAACUUCUUCAAAUCAACAAUAUCGUGGUAAAUCACCAAUAACAAAUACAACUCCAUUACCUACUCAUUCAUAUUAUACACGAUCAAAAUCGUCUUAUUCCAAAUAUUAA